GGCAAAAAUUAUCUUCCCCCGUCUUUCUCACCACCUCACCCUUCCACUUGCCCCAACCACCACCACCACCACCACCACACCGUUCUUUUCACGAGAGUUGGCGCUCUCGAGCGCCCUUACUCACAUUGCGUACAAAGGGCCAUGGUCCAUCGUGUCGAGUUAGCGAUGAAUGGCACUCCCAAAGUCAACGGGGUCAACGGGCUCAAUGGCCACUCAAAGGAUGGCUUGGUGCGCCGGUCCCUCUCAGCACGCAAGUCGUCGUCGCCUAUGGCCCCCGCUUUCAUGACUUCUGCCCCCGGCAAAGUCAUUGUCUUUGGAGAACAUGCCGUUGUCCACGGCAAAGCAGCAAUGGCCGCGGCCGUCUCCCUGCGAUCCUACCUCCUCGUUACCGCGCUCUCGAAAUCGCAUCGGACGAUUCAGCUCGUGUUCCCAGAUAUCGGCCUCGACCACACCUGGAAUAUCGACAAUUUGCCUUGGCAUGUCUUCACAAAGACGACGCGGAAACCCCGAUACUACGACAUGGUGACAUCGCUGGACCCUGAGCUCGUUGCCGCCAUGAAGCCGCAUAUCGAAACGGUGUCUACCCAUUUGAACGGAGACAAGAGAAGGAUUCAUCAGAAUGCUGCUUCUGCUUUCUUGUAUUUGUUUUUGUGUCUUCAGACGCCUGCUGCGCAGGCUUGUAUCUAUACCCUACGGUCUACACUGCCGGUUAGCGCGGGCCUCGGAUCGAGCGCGAGCAUUUGCGUUUGCAUCAGUGCUGCCCUCCUCAAACAGAUCCAUGUCUUGUCUGGACCACAUCACGAUCAACCAGAGGAAGAAAUCCAAAUACAACUUGAGAGAAUAAACAAGUGGGCUUUUGUCGGAGAAUUAUGCAUCCAUGGUAACCCCAGUGGGGUGGACAAUACUGUCGCAACACAUGGAAGGGCUGUUCUGUUCAAGAGGCUUGACUAUUCGAAGCCCCCGAGUGCCACGCCACUAAAAGAUUUCCCCGAACUUCCCUUGAUGUUGGUCAACACAAAGCAACCCCGCACAACCGCCGCAGAGGUCGCCAAAGUCGCGGCCCUGAAGAAGAAAUACCCAGCUGUGACAGAGGCGACUUUGGACAGCAUUGACGAAGUCACGAUGUCAGCACACGCUCUAAUCACCUCGGAAGAAUUCGAUCCUGCGUCAGAGCAAAAUAUCGAGCAUUUGGGUGAUUUAUUCCGCAUCAACCACGGAUUGCUGGUGUCACUCGGGGUGUCUCAUCCCAAGCUGGAACGCAUUCGGGAGUUGGUGGACUACGCCGACAUUGGCUGGACCAAACUCACUGGAGCUGGAGGCGGUGGAUGUGCCAUCACGUUACUCAAGCGAGACGUUGACCCAGCUGCGAUUGUCGAGUUGAAGCAAAAGUUCGAAGCUGCAGGGUUUGAGGAGCACACGACUACGCUAGGAGGUAAUGGCGUCGGCAUGCUCUACCCUGCAGUCCUGCACAAUGGCACAGAGGAAGAAGGAGGCGAAGAAAUUGACCAACAGAAGUUCCUCAAUGCUGAAGGUGAAGAGGGAAUUGAGGCGUUGGUGGGUGUUGGCCUUGAUGAAAGGCGACCUGAAUGGAAGUUCUGGAGGUAGUCCAGCUACGGACCCGUUCCUUGAUGUUUUAUUAGCGAAGGCGCAAUGCAUCAAAGUUCCAGUGGGAAGGGCUAUCUAAUUAAUGAGAGAGCAAAAGUUCUCGCGCUUUAUGUAUUAUAUUGUUGUCAACGACCUGAUUAUUGCAGCACGCAAAGAGAGACGAUGUUUGUUCUGUAUCACGUGGAGGAGUCGGAG